UCACGAUCGCUACAGAGUCUAUAAUUCUGCCCUUCCUCGCUAACGAUCCAUUCCAUUUGGUCAUCCCCGAUAUCUAAAUCCUCCCUCGCCGCUGGCGAAGGGACGGCCAUUCUCUUGGAAAUAAUCUGCUAUCUACUUCUCUUCCAAUGGCGGAGCUUGCAGACGCGGAGGCAUUAUCGGCGGUGGCGGAAGAUAGUCGGUCGGCGGCUCAGGCGUGGCGUGCGGUGAUCGGGUGGGUGAGUAUCGUCCUUCAAGUUGUAAUUCAGUUCCUACGGUUCAGCCCCUCUUCGUGGGCGCAACUUCUCUCCUUCGUCGGCCUCCGCGACCACCCGCACUCUCUUCUCUCAUCCUCCGCUCCUUUCAAGCCCCUUCCCUCGGACAUCCCGGUCGAAAUCUCCAUGGAAGCUCCGAUUUCAGCUCCUUCUUCAGUCACUUCCGCCGAAGCAUUGGAGAAGCUCACGAUAGUGCUGGACUUGGAUGAGACUCUAGUAUGUGCAUAUGAGGCAUCCAGCUUACCUGAUAUAGUUCGGAUUCAGGCCAUAGAUGCUGGUCUUAAGUGUUUUGAGCUAGAGUGCAAAACUGUGGACAAGGAUGCUGAAGGGAGAGAAAAAAUCAAUCAUGUAAUUGUGUUUGAGCGUCCCGGGUUGGAGGACUUCUUAGAACAGACUAGCAAAUUUGCGGAUCUUGUUCUUUUCACUGCUGGGCUUGAAGGUUAUGCCAGACCACUUGUUGAUGUUAUAGAUGUCAACAACAGGUUCAGUCUCCGUCUUUACCGCCCUUCGACCGUUACUACGGAAUAUAGACACCACGUGAAGGAUCUCUCCUGCCUAUCAAAAGAUUUAUGCCGAAUCGUAAUUGUGGAUAACAAUCCCUUCAGUUUCUUGCUGCAGCCAUUGAAUGGAAUACCCUGCGUUGCAUUUUCUGCAGCCCAGCCCUUCGAUGAGCAGCUCUUGAAGGUUGUUCUUCCACUUCUGAAGCAGCUCUCUCUUGAGAAGGAUGUGAGGCCUGUUCUGUACAAACAGUUCUACAUGCCUGAGUGGUUUGAAAAGCAUGGAAUCCCAUCUGAUAGUCAGAGUCCAUGAUACUAAUGAGUUCUCCCAAAGUACCUUUUUUGUACAUUAUUACUAUAUUUUUUUAGGAUUUCUUCAAGGAAAAAAGAUAGUCGCAUGGUGUGAUUGAACUCUCUAUUCUGCAGUGAACUGGUUGGCGUUGGAUGGAAAUUUUUUGUAGAAUUGUAAGCAUUCAAGCAUGUGAAAAGCAGGUGUGGGUGAUUUUCUUCUCAUUUGUGAGAUUUUCUUAAUGGUUUCAGAAGUCUUUUUGUUGCUUGUAAAUAGAAAACUUGUUUUAGACAUUAAUGUUUUGGUUUUUUGUUUUUUAUUUCA